ACUGCGGCGGCUCGGCCGUAGCCACGGCAACCAGGCGGGCAGCGGCCCCGGAGCGCUGCGGGGCUCGGCUGCGCCUGGCGCUCCGACACCGGCAGGAGGCCGCCGCUGCCGCCCGAGAGGCGCCUUCCUAGCCGGGCCCGCCGUGCAUGAGUGAGCUUUGAUGGUGCUGGGGACACCUUUGAUAAAGCUGACCACACUUCAGCCUGCAGCAAGAACUGGGAUGACUUACACUGCAAGGAAGUGUGGCAUCUGCUUUCAGCCUCCUGCCAUUGUCCUGAUCUACAAAGAAGACAACAAGGACAAGACUCGCCAGCGCAUCAUGCCUGUCAGAAACUUCUCCAAGUUCUCAGACUGCAGCCUGGCUGCUGAGCAGCUGAAGAAUAACCCUCGGCACAAGGCUUACCUAGAAGGAGUCUCACUGCGUCAGCUACGGAAGCUGUACAGUUUGCUGAAAGGUCACCUGGGAGGGCAGAGCCUGGCUGAGAGCUUGGAAAAGUUUCAGCAGGAAGAGACCAUUGACCCAGAAGAGGACAUGAACAAACUGGAUGACAGGGAACUAGCCAAAAGGAAGAGCAUCAUGGAUGAGCUCUUUGAAAAGAACAGGAAGAAGAAGGAUGACCCAGAUUUCGUCUACGACAUUGAAGUUGAUUUUCCACAGGAUGAACAGCUGGAGUCUUGUGGCUGGGACAUGGAAUCAGGUGAAGAAAUCUGAUUCUGGACAAAGAUGUAUUGGAUAAGCAGUUUGGAGACAAAUCUCCCAGGCCUGACAGAAUGAUGACAGCACACAUAUCCCACCACCAUGUCCUCAGCUUACACCACUGAUACACUUUGCAUUGGCUGUGGAGCAUCCAAGGCCUCAGGAGCUGCAGCAAAUCCAGGUUUAAGUGAACUUUAUUUAAGAAGCCAGACUUGAUGAAAUGGAACUCGGGCAGCUGAACUUACUGGUGGUUUAGUCUUUUCCAGCUAUUUAAUCUUUCACAGAAUCUCAGCAUGGUAGAGGUUGGAAGGGACUUCAGAAAUCAUGUAGUACAACCUCCUUUCUAAAGCAGGGUCAUCCAGAGCAGACUGCCCAGGAUUACAAUGUCCAUGUGGAUUUAGAGUAUAUCUAGAGAAGAAAACUCUACAGUCUCUCUGGGUGGCCUGCUCCAGGGCUGCAGCACCCUCACAGCAAAGAAUUUUUUUCCUUAUGUUCAAGUGAAGCCUCCUGGGUUCCAGUUUGUGCCCAUUGCCCCUUGUCCUAUCAGCGGGCACCACUAGGAAGGGUCUGGCCCCAUGCUUGUACCCCUCACCCUUUAGAUACUGAUGAGCAUUGAGAAAAUCCCCCCUCAGGCUGCUCUUUUCCAGGCUAAACAGCCCCAGGUCUCUCAGCCUUCCCUCACAGAGGUGCUCCAGUCCCCUCAGCACCUUUGUAGCCUCCUAUGGACUCGCUCCAGGAGUUCUGUGUCUCACUGGAAUUGUGGAGCCUAGAAUUGGACACAGUAUUCCAGGUGUGGCCUCACCAGGGCAGAGUAGAGGGAGAGGAGAACUUCCCUCGACCUGCUGGACACACUUCUUAACGCACCUCAGGAUGCAGCUGGCCUUCUUGGCCACGAGGGCACAUUUUGACCCUUCAGUCAGCUUUGGCUGACAGCCACACCAGCUUGCUUGGCUCUGAUUUCUUCCUCAGUGUGGACUGAACAUGAAGUGGUCAAUGUUUACAUCUUGGCAGCAAUGGUCAAAGCUCACUGGGUGCAAAUGGUGUUUGUCAGUACUUGCUGGAGUGUUAACUAUUUACUGGUAUGUUUGGAUAGGUCAACAUGGCACUCUGACAUUUCCUGAGUGGUCCUUAAAUCUCCAGCUUUAUCUUACACAAGUAAAAAUGCUCACAUUUCAGAAAUGAAAUACAUAGAAAAUAAAGCAGUCUUGGAAGUGCUUUUGAAGA